AUGCUGCCAAAAGAAAUUGACAUUAACAAUUGUAGUGUCGCAAACGCAAACUCUAUCCAUGCUACGAAGCUAGCAGAACAAGCAAAACCUGUUCGCGACGAUAGAUCUCGAGGCAGAUUUGCCUCUAUGGUUGUUGCUAUGGCCAUGUCUAAUAACAAUGGAACGUCUUCCCCUGCCCCUUCUGCGGGCCCCCAAGAGCUUCCGAAAGAUUAUUAUGAGCAUUAUCGCUUAUAUCACGGAUUUCAUAAAGGGAAAUAUAUGUUUCCUUGCGACGAGCAAGAAAUGGACCGCUAUGAUAUAUUCCACAAAUUCUUUCAAGUCGCAAUGGGGGGUGUAUUACACUCUAAGAAUACCAAAUUUACAAACAAUUUUGAUGGGCCACGAAUUUUGGAUUUAGGGACAGGUACCGGAAUAUGGGCAAUUGAUAUGGCCGAAAAAUAUGGUACUCCAAAUGGGCAGGGUGAAGUUCUUGGGCUUGACCUAGCUAAAAUACAGCCUCUAUUUAUCCCUAGCAAUCUAACAUUUUGGCAAAGAGAUAUAGAGUCGCCUUGGUACGGACUCGAAAUAGAGUCAUGGGAUAUGAUUCAUAUACGGAUGCUGUCCGGGGGCAUAGUUAGCUGGAAAGAUAUAUACCAAAAGGCCUUUAGGCAUCUCAAACCUGUUUAUGGCCGUCUUGAGCAUGUGGAAAUGGAUUUCACCCCUCGCACUGAUUUUGGGGAGAUCCCAGCUGACUCGACACUGGUUACAUGGAUUGGGAAACUUUUUGACGCCACCCAUCGUAAUUAUCGGCCUCUAGCUUACAAUACGGAAACUCGAGAGAUGCUUACAAGGGAAGGGUUCGUCGAUAUUGAGGAGGAAGUGAUAAAGAUUCCCCUCAACCCAUGGCCUGACGAUCUUCGAGAAAAGGACGUUGCGAGAUGGUACAAUUUGGCCCUCACCCAGGGACUGGAAGCAAUGACGCUUGCACCCAUGUACAGAAUAUAUGGUUGGACGCCGGAUGAUGUCACAAGGCUGACUACAGAAGUGAGGAGAGAAAUCUGCUCUAGGAAAAUUCGUGCCUACAACAAUAUGCAUAUAUGGACUGCACGGCGGCCUGAAAAAGCGGAUGAGACUAUCCCUUUAUAA